GGGUCAUCAUGUGUCCUUGGAGGAUCUUGGAGUGUCGCGGAGCGGGCCCCAGAGUGGGAGGGAGCUGAUGGAGAAGCGGAACUGGAAGAAGAGGAAACUGUCGGCGCUGGAUAUGGAGCCUCAGAGCUCUGUGCACGUCUCGGGACUUGAACCUUCUGCCUCGCCGUGCGGGCCCAGCGCGGUACCCGGGCCCUGGGGCUCGGCCACCGACGGCAAGCAGGACAACUCUGGUGUGGGGGUCAACCUGGCUCACCGGCGGGGGGUCGUGACCUCACGGCACGACUCGCAUGUGCCGGACCACACCCGCGUGCCGCCGCCCACGAGAACCUCCACUGAUCUUCCCUCCUCUCGUCCUGCCCCUCCCUCCUCCUCUUCCUCCUCCUCCUCCUCCGAGCGGGCUGCUGUAACAAACAACACCCUCUUUCGGAAGUCAGCCAGUUUAGUCCAGAAACAAGGCACCCCCUCCCCCUCCCCCUCUGACAGAAACACACCAUGUUUGACUGCCCAGAUAUCUUCACCAAAGACAACUACCCCUCCGGCCUGUUCUGAUCUCCUCCAAGCGAGGGCAGACCUCUCCCCCCACCCCCCGCCCCAGCGCCGCCACUUCAGCCUAUCGGAGACGGACGACUGUUACGAGGUGUAUGUGAAGAAAAAGCGUUACGGCCGGCCCGCCUCCACGUCUCCCAAACCGCUGGCGGCCGCGGGGUCAGCCAUGUCAGAGCGAGUGUCCCGUCACGGUGCUGCACACCUGGUCAGUCACGGUGGUGCUACACAACUGGUCAGUCACGGUGGUGCUACACACCUGGUCAGUCACGGUACUACACACCUGGUCACUGGCGCCACGUCAGGUACACACGACACGACGGGCCGCUCGCACACGGCUGGCUGUGGGGGUGGGGGUGUCGGUGCUACCAAGGGGGAGGUCAGAGGUGAGUGUGUGCUGACGUCCUCCUCCUGGGGGUCAGGGGUGUCCAACCCUGGGGUCGCGGGGUCAGGGGUCACGGGGCCAGGGGUGAGGGUGGGCGGCAGUGUGGAGGAGAUCAGCGUUGAGAUCAGCAGCUCUCCCUCCUCCCUCUCCUCCAGCGUGACCUCGCCGGCCACAGACGUGACCUCGCCGGGCACGGAGGACCGCACGGACAACUCCACACUGCCGGACCUACAGAGCCCGUGUGACAGCUGCCACCCGCCUGUCCCCCACCCCCACAAGACCGUGCCUUUAGACUUGUCCAGCAGGAAAGGUCACAAGUGAACUGGGGCUUCGGUUGUCAGAACAGAAUGUGUUCCCCACGACCUUCUCCUGCCCGAACCAGCUCGAAAACGGCGUGUAACCUCCAUGAGACAGAUCUGGGAGGGAAGGAUUGGAAGUAUGUGAUGUAUGUCCACAACCCACUCUCCAGCCCAAACCGGCUCGAAAUUGGCGUACAGUGUCCUGCAGAAAGCGUGGUGUGUGAAGGAUUUGGAGGUGUGCGACGUACCGUCUCUGACCCACACCGGGUUGGAAAUGGCGUAAAUUGUCACGAUUGUCCGUCGGAGUGAGGCGAGAGUGGCAGAUACUCUGUGAUGCUGACCACCCAGUGUUCUUGCCUUAACCAGGUUGUAAAUGGCGUAUUAUAUUGUAGUUGUAGAUGAGAGAGAGGGGCAGCCUCCAAAGGUGAAGGUUUGUGAUAAUAUUAUUAUUUCUACCACCAUGUUCUUGCCCAAACCAGGCUGUAAAUGAGGUAAAUCAUCCGUCAGAAACAGGCAGAAGUGAAGGAUUUUCAUUCUGAGAUGUGUGUGAUGUGUCCACGACUCCUUGGCCCGAAAUGGGCUGAAAAUGGCGCAUGUUCUGGGCACAUGCUACGUGUUGUAGGUUGUUCUGGGGGUUGUCCCCCCCCCCCCUCCGAGGCUCAUAAGAUGUUGUCAUUCUGUAUAUAUAUCUACAUAUUGUCUAAGACAGCCGCCCGUUGCCCAGGGAAAGAUUGGCUGUCUUAGCCAGGUGGGCAUCUUAAAAUGUCGCUGGAAGGGAAAUAUAACACUAGAGGGACUGGGAAGUGGUCGUUUGUACAGGUGAUUGUCUUAUACAGGUGGUCGUUUGUACAGGUGAUUGUCUUAAG